AUGCCAACCAUCGACGACUACGUCAGAGAACUUCCUGCUCCAAGCCAAUUUGUUUCAGCUGGAAGCUCUUGUUCGAUCUGCUACGAGCCCUUUACAGACGCAGUCCAAUUACCUUGCAGAGGCGAACACAUCUUCUGCCGAGGAUGUAUUCAAGAGUGGUUGGAGGACGCAAAUACCUGCCCCCUGGACAGAGAGCUGCUCAUUGAGUACGAUGACGAGAACCCAGAAGACGAUGGUGCUGGUGGCAACGACAUACAGGAUUCCAACGAAAGCGAAAGUCUCGCACUUCCACUGGAUCUCGCCGCGAUGUGUCGUACGCUCAUCAUUGAGAUCGCUCUCAAGGUGGCUUUUUGCCGGGGAGUUCAUUCCCUGACUGAGCGUGGCAACCUCGCGACCAGGAUGCAUACUGCUCUGGACAGCAUAGGCGAUAAGACUGAGCCAACCGCAUUCAAUCUCAGCAGUCUCAUGGUAUCUAUUGAGGGGCUUGUUGAUGUUGCCGUCGCGGUCAAAACGGCAGUUGACCUCGUAGAAGAGGCCCCUUCAGACCAUGUUGGGUAUCAGCGUAUUGGAGUUGAACUGACUGUGGUGAAGGGCAUGAUCGCGACCAUAGCUGAGACGAUUGUUCCGACGGAGCUUGGGGAGAGGAACACCCAUGAUGGGUAG